AUGGCUGCACGCCUCGGACUAUGCAACAUUCUUCAAUGUUUGAUUAAUGGUAACUGUAACUUGGACUCGCAAACAAAACUUGGUGACACGGCGUUGAUGGUUUGCACAAGGUAUAAACAUGAGAAGUGUCUAAGAGUUUUAGUAUCAUCAGGAGCUGAUUUGGGGAUAGUAAAUUCGUUUGGUCAUUGCGCAACUUCAACAGCAACUUCUAUUCAUUGGACUAAAGAAUAUCAGAAAGCAGUUUUGGAUAUAAUUAGAGCCAGAAAGGUUGUUAAGUCUAGCAAUGCGUCUAGAUUUUCAUCUUUGUUAUUCGUCACUCACGCGAAUGACAUAGAGGCUUUGAAAAAAGUCGUUGAAAACAGAAACAUAAAUCUAGAUGAGCAAAAUGAGAGUGGAUUUUCAGCUGUCAUGAUAUCUGCUUCAGAGGGUAGCGUGGAGGCAUUCAAGUUGCUUCUUCACGCUGGAGCUGAUGUAACCAAUCUUAAAAACAAAGAUGGUUUAACAGCUCUAGAUAUCAUAGAUUUGAAACAAAAUGGUGAAGAUGGUCAUAAGGUGAUGUUUGAAUAUGCACUUAAAAAGGGAUGUUUGAAUAUUAGUACUUUAGCCGAAGCGAAUACUCUUCACCGUGCAGCUUGUUAUGGAGAUAUAAACAUGGUUGAAAAACUACUAAAGGAAGGGAAUUACGAUGUGAAUGGUUUUGAUGAAAAUGGAUAUACACCAUUGAUGUUAGCUGCCAGAGAAAGUAAUGGAGAAAUGUGUGGCCUUUUGAUAUCUCAUGGAGCAAAAUGUGAUAUUAAGAAUGAAAGACAUGAAACAGCACUUUUACUUGCAAGAGAAAAAAUUUUGAAAGGAAAUGAUGCAGAGAAUGUGAUCAUGGAUGAGUUAGCUAGAAGAGUAGUAUUGUGCGGUGCGCGUGUGAAGAAACAUACAAAAUGUGGUAAAGGACUUUCAUGA